UGAGCUCUCAGGGCCACCGUGGGACCUCCUUAGCUACACCUCCUCACAGAGUCCGCUGAAUCUACAGACACUGCGAUGAGAAGACAAGAAAAAGGAAGAAAGUGCUGCAGCAGUCAUCGUCACCAUGAAGAUGCUGAUUGUGUCUGCACUUGUUUGUGCCAAGAUGGUUCUGACCAGAGCUGCUGCUCCUCCAGAGGAAACUCCCCAAGAUGAAACAGAGAGUCGCCUGGUCAAGAGAUCGACAGCUUGUCCCUGGGGCUGGUCUUUGUUAGGUGGUCGCUGUUACCGCUACGUUCCAACACUUAUGACCUGGGCUAGAGCUGAGAGAAACUGUCUGUCCAUGGGUGGAAACCUUGCGUCUGUUCACAACAUCCAGGAGUACUUUAAUAUUCAGAGGCUGAUUUCUCAAGUCACUUAUCACUCCCACCCGGCAUGGAUUGGAGGCUCUGAUGCACAAGAGGUAUUUUCAUUGCACAACUAUGAAAUAUUGCACAACAAAUACAUAUAA